GGUUCAGAGAGAGAAUGAAUGUCGUUUAUUAUAAAUUUAAAAGCGCAAAAUGUUAUGAGAGUUUGGCUAUGCAUGAUUCUUUCAUAUCGGUCUGGAAUUUGAAAGAAAAAAUAGUUAAAGCAAAGCAUUUGGAGAGAGGUACUGAUUAUGACCUCUUGCUUACGAAUGCCCAGACCAAUGAAGAUUAUACUGAUGAAGAAAUGCUGGUACCAAGAAAUACGUCUGUAUUAGUUUGCCGGGUUCCCGGACCGCCUCGCAUGCACAUUGUUAUAAAACGAGAAGAAGAGAGUAAGGUAGAAGAAGUUUCAAAUUCUAAGAGCACUGUGUCUGUUGCGGAUUCAUCUGACAUGAUAUCUCUAAACCCUGAAGAAUCAGAAGGGUAUGAUUUUGGGAAUGAUCUUUUUGCUAUUCCAGAAGUGUUGCCAGUGCAAUUGAGCAAUCUGGUGCAAAAUGAUCAAAGUAAGGCUAAGGAAGAUAGGAAGGUGGAAAUUAAUCUAAGUAAGGCUGAGGAAGAUAGGAGGAUCAAGGCAUUAGUCAAUACACCUGCUUUGGACAUGCAAUGGAAAACAAAGGGAACUUUUGGUUUUGGAGGCAGCUUUGGAAGGGCUAUGGGUGAUAGAAUGGUGAAGGGCCAUGGUUUUGGUCGGGGUGGAUUGUUGGAGCGCAAGACACCUCCACAAGGGUAUAUCUGUCAUAGAUGCAAAGUGCCCGGGCAUUUUAUUCAGUAUUGCCCAACAAAUGGCGAUCCUAGCUACAACAUUAAAAGGUUGAAACAUCCAACUGGAAUUCCAAGGUCGAUGCUAGUGGAAACUCCAGAUGGCUCCUAUGCAUUACCAAGUGGAGCUGUUGCCGUUGUAAAGCCAAAUGAAGAUGCUUUUUUGAAGGAGAUUGAGGGGUUGCCUUCAACUCGAUCUGUCAGUGAUAUUCCUCCAGAAUUGCAUUGCCCACUGUGUAAACAAGUAAUGAAAGAUGCUGCCAUGACUGGCAAGUGCUGUUUCAGGAGUUUCUGCGACAAAUGUAUCAGGGACCACAUAAUCUCAAAGUCAAUGUGUGCAUGUGGGGCCGCAUAUAUCCUUGCAGAUAGCCUGAUACCUAAUAAGACACUCAGGGAGACCAUCAACAGUGUCUUAGAGUCGACAACCAGUAGUACUCUAGAAAAUGCUGGAAGCUUAUCAAAUGUUCAAGAGAGCAAUUCGUGCAUUCUUUCUGCUCCUGUGAAGGAAGAACACAUGCCACCUUCUCGUAAAAAUAACACUUCAAAUAGAAAGAGACCUUUGGAUGAAGAGAAGCUUACCAUUGGUAGUCUCCAUCAAUCCUUGGAGAGAAGUAAGACGACAGCAAAUACCACAAAAUCUGAAGUGACAGUGGAGCCUAUAAGUGGGAAAGAACCAGCAUGGUGGGGGGUUGUUCCUCCUCUAGCCGAAGAGAAAGUCCAGCAGAACCUGCCCAUUGGAGGUCCAGGAAUGAAGAAAAGGAAGCAAGCAUGCAAAGCUGGUAAUGUUGACAAAGUGAUCUCAACUGCUCUGUUCCAUUGUUACACACAAGGAUUAGAAUGAUGAAUCUUACUGACUGUUGAAGAAAGAGAAGGCACACAUUUGAAGUUUCCAAGAAGUCAAUGUGAAUUUUGUUUUUUGGAAGAAAUGUAAAUAGGGAAAAUUUAUUUUUCUUAUUUAUUUUGGUGGUUGCCAAACAAUUGUAUAAUAACUUAUUUUUUGGUUAUAUAAAGAAAAAAUUCAUUUGUGCAUGAGACUUGCUGGUUAUUGUCUUUACUUGAAUCUUGAUAGGCAUUAUCCAUGGCACAUGCAUUUUUUGACAUGUAUCCAUUGGAUAGAGAAGCUUUGAGUUCGUUGGUGAAAAUGCCAUACAUUUCUUAUUUGCUUGUAUGGAUUUUGUCCAAUCAAUGUUGAUGGGGGGUUUG